AGCUGUGCAAUCACAGCUGCGCUCCAGCCAUAGAAAUUAUGAUACCUAUGGGCAGAUAUCAAAGUUCUUGCUGCUAAGGGGCCAUGAACGGGACGCGUUGCAGUGCAGGGUAAAAGUAAAGGAGCUGCAGAGUGCCUAUUGCAAAGCCCGUGAGGGAAACCGCCGCUCAGGAGCUGCCCCCACAACCUGCCGUUUUUACAAGGAGCUGGAUGCCGUACUUGGGUGUGACCCCACUGCCAAUCCGAGGAGCACGAUGGAGAGUUCAGAGCAGGGAGAAGUGGGGGAGGGUGUAGAGGAAGCCGAGAGUGAGGCUACUGGGGUGGAGGGAGACACCCCGGAGUCCCAGGAGGCAUGCAGCCAGGAGCUCUUCUCAAGCCAGGAGGAGGCUAGCCAGUCGCAGCAGCUGGAACUUGUUGGUGAAGAGGAAGCAGAGGAGCGUGUUCCCGUGUCCUUGAAUAAUCCAGCCCUAUCACCGCCUGUGCGAAGACUACAGAACUUGAGGAAAAAUCCUAGAAAAUCAAAAGAAGAUUUGAUCAAAGCAGUUAUGAAUCAGUACGCCAGAGACAGUAAGAGGCUGCAGGACUGGAGAGAGAAAAUGCAUGAGUGGAGGCAAACACAGAGCAGGAGAAAGGAAUUGGCUACCAAGAAAAGCACAAAGCAGCUGAUAAGCCUCCUGGCUCGCCAAACUGACCGUAUGCAGUCUCUCAUAGCCAUGCAGGCAGAUCAGUACCGUGGUAACUCCCACCCCUCCCAAAGCUCUCUCCCUUGUUCCCCAGUGUUUGCACAAAACACCUUUCUCCAGCAGCCUGGUUCUUACCACCACCAGCUGCCCCUAACACCUGUACGUUCACCUACCAGCCCUGAGAACUACAACUCUUACCCUAUGCACUCAACCCCCAUCACGAUGCAGCAUAUUAAUCCUGAAGUGCAGCAGGCAUUGAACAGCAAUCCAAGCAGGACAUAUUCAAACCUCUGAAUGUACAGUCCACCACCCUACCCCCCUGCCCUUUUAUGUACUGUAUUUUGAAUAAAUGAUUUCUUGGCUUAUAAAACAUUUUUUAUUAUUGCAGAAAGUGAGAAAUACUGUACCCCAAGGGAAAAACGGGCACAGCAAAGGCACCAAACAUUACUGUUGGCUUUCAGCCUCAAAUUGCUCCCUUAAGGCAUCCCUAAUCCUUGAAGCCCUUUGCUGGGCCUCUCUAGUAGCCCUGCUCUCUGGCUGUGCAAAUUCAGCCUCUAGGUGUCGAACCUCGGAGGUCCAUUCCUCACUGAAUGUUUCACCCUUCCCUUCACAAAUAUUAUGGAGGGUACAGCACGCGGAUAUAACAGCGAAGAUGCUGCUUUCCCCCAAAU